AUGAAGAUCACUCAGUAUCUUCCGUCGUUGCAAAGCGAAAUAAUCGGAGAGUAUGAUGAUGACCAUGCCCUGGCAUAUUUUAGAGGCAUUCCAUAUGCAACGGUCACCAAACGAUGGACACACAGUCAACCCCAACAUUCUCUACAAAACCCCUUCAAUGCCACCGCGUUCGGCCCAAGGUGUGUUCAAGAAGAAGGCGAGGUGCUUGUGAGUGGAGGAACAAAUGAUCCGACACCGGGGGACGAUGAAUUCAGCUGCCUCAAUUUGAACAUUUGCGUACCACGGGAGAGCUUGCAACAAUUUGAAAAUGGUCAUACCAGGGAAAGAAUCCCUGUCAUGUUCUGGAUCCAUGGCGGUGGGUUCAAAUACGGCGCCAACUCGGUGGCACGGUAUCGCCCGCACCGUCUCUGUUCCAUGGCCAGGAAAUCCGGUCAUCCCAUAAUUCUCGUACAGGUGGGAUACCGCCUUGGGGCGCUUGGCUUUGCCGCCUCGGAAGACCUUCUCGCAGAGAUGAAAGAAGAGUCUGGGCCUGAAGUCGCAGGCUCCAAUGGCAAAAAAUCAAUUGCAGACUCGAUUGUCGGGAAUUUUGGUUUUGUCGACCAACGCAAUGCCCUGAAAUGGGUCCAAGAACACAUCCAGGAUUUUGGUGGUGAUCCGGAAAGUGUGACAGCCUUCGGAAUCAGUGCUGGCAGUGCCAGUGUCCAUGAUCAUAUCUUGACAGGUGAGCCAAUGUUUGACCGGGCCAUUUGCAUGUCAGGCGCGGCUCCUACCCUGGGGCCUCUCCCAUUCGCACAAUAUCAGCAGGCAUGGGACCAUCUAUGCAGCAAGGUAGGCGUUUCAGGAGAACCAACGAAGGUGCGGCUGGACAGACUGAGGGCAUUGCCACCCCAUGAGAUCCUCCGAAGUUACUCGACUGCGGCUAUGGGCCCGAUGGCCGACGGUGUCUUGCUGCCCAAGUCUUGGACAUUCCAACAGCCGAAUCAGACAAGAUGUUUAUCAUUAAUUGUCGGAGAUACCAACGUCGAAGGCAUCAUUUUUGAUGGGGUUGCCAGGCGAUGGAAGCCUUCGCAAUUGGCAAAAAAGGUUCGGGAAUUACUCUCGGAAACACAAGCGAGCGAUUUCUUUCGCCUGUUUGCCUUCACUGGGGACGACGAACAGCCAUGGGAGACCUACCGAAAUUCGAUGCGGCGCUUCAUGUCUGUAAUCAUGUUUCACUUCCCAAACACACGCAUCGCAGAGACCUUUCAAUCUUCGGGGGGUGGCGACGCAUUCCUCUACCAUUUCGAAGAGCCAUCCCCGUUUCCAGGGCCAACCUAUGGCGUGUCAUAUCACGGCCAAUGCGCCAUGUACAUGUACGGAGUGGAAAAUGAUUCCCUACCCAUUGAAUCGCAGAGAAUUGCCGAGACCAUGGCAGAAAUCUGGACGAGCUUUGCUUAUGGCGAAGUGCCUUGGGAAUCUUACACGGUGGCGGAGCGAUUCAUGCGAUUUGGGCCUAAGGGAACUAUUGAACUUCGAGACGCAGGGAGCGAUGAAACCCGGCAAUAUGGAUAUGUGGCUUGGCUAAGUGAAAAUUUUGAGGAUGCAAUGCGGUUGGCUCGAGAAAUACUGCAAGUAGAAUGA